AUGUCGACUCGGUCUCAAACACACUGGCCUCAAGCUCGGGCCCAAACGGCGAAUCUCCCACAACCCGACCGAACAAGAAGCGAAAGGGGUACUCUUCGGGCAACAACAGCAAGAUCUCGAGCUAGGGAUGCCAGCUCUCGACGACGAGGCGAUGCACGCUCCGGGAUAUUUCUUCCUCAAGUUAAAUUCGAAGCAGAUGAGAACAGCAAGUUCUACACCGCUUCACCGGUGUGCACCCUGAGUAGAAUUUUCUCAGACUCCAGUCUCAUCCAACCUUCUUGGCCCAAAGUGGCAACAUCACCUUGGGGGGAGGCUGCUAGAGUGACUGGGGGAUACGGCGAAAGACUGUUGAACGGAGCAAACUCGGUCGAGUCUCCCGACUUCAUGCUUAGCAAGGUGUACGGGCGACCCAUCGAAAAGAUCGACAAGCCUCGUCUACUCAAGAUGCACCUGGGGAAACAGAUCAUCGCGGAACCUGAGGUACCAGAGACAGACCUUGCAGGCGGGCCUCUGGAUUGGGGUGGCAUGGCAGUAACUGGCUCAGGCGUAUCGGUCCCCCACGAUCCUCGACUCCGCUGA